AUGGCGAGGUCGGAACGGCAAGCACAGGGGAUUCAUCUCCCGCGACGCGGCCGCGCUAGAGGGGGGCCUGCUGUCGGUCUUGCCUUCAUCUCCCAUUGGCGCGCAUGUGAUAGCUUUGGCGCUCUGGAAGGGCGCUCUCCUGCACAGUUAGCUGUGCAUUAUUCGACCGCCCGUGCACAUGAGAGACAGUCUAGACUGUCUGGCGUUCAGCCAUGUGCUUCGCAUACAAGUGCAGCAUACAAGAGGCAGGAGCCUGGCGACCUGCUCACACAAGAGCCUGGCAGCAGGUCCUGCUCCCUUAACAGGAGCAGAAGCAUGUUCACCUGCAACACAACUGGCAGCAUGGCAGCAUUUGGCUCUGGGCCACUUCAGCACUUGCAUAUACUGCUUGUGGCCAUCAUUCUUGUUGAGUUCUGCGGCUUGGCAAGUUGUGGUGGCACAGAUGACACACACCAGUUCCCGCCUGAGAAGAAGGACAUGUCACCGAUCAUGAUUGGUGUAUUUCUUGCUGCUCUGGCAUGUUUGGUGGUGGCCACUCAGUCUGCCUUCGCUGCCUACUUGGGUGUGGCGGUGGCCAAGCAAUGGCCGGAACCCAAGCUGUCAGGCAUUCCCUACAACGACAGGAUGCAGAUCUGCUGCUCGGCCAGCGACGUUUCCCUUUACUCACUUAACAUAGGGCUGGCUGUCUCGUGGGUUGUGGCACUGGCCAUUUACACGUGGGUCUGGUGCGAUCUGACUGGUAGCAACGGUUGCUGCACAGAUUGGGUGUGUCUCCUCGUAGGGCUUGUCUUUUGGAUGAUGCCAGGCCUCCAUGUCGUGGUUGCAGUCUACAUGACAACGAAAUUUGUGCAGCUGGGGUGGCCGUUGAGUGGAUUUGAGGCGUCUUAUGUGCCAGUUCCGGGCUCGGUCGUCACUGGUGUGCCUGAUGUUGUGCCAGGAAUGCCUGCGGACGACGAGCUGGGGCUCCUGGUAGAGGAAUAG